CAUCGCAUUGUCCGCUGCGAUGUGUCCGCCUUGCAGCGGAGACGCAUUACGUUUACUAUAUAUAUAUAUAAUAUAUAUAUAUUGUAUACACAUAUAUGAACUGAACUGUAGAGAGGAAAAAAGAAUAGGAGAUUCACGUGAGAACAAAAGAUUCCCCGCAAAAAAACAUGCACAUUAGAGAACGCUAACCUUUUAACAUCUUCUUCUCUCAACUCGACUCAACGCUUGUACUGCAGAUUUGUGACAUGUAGAAUUUUUCACUUAGGCCAGUCGAUUCUAAGGAGACGAGUGCUUCUGCUACUUCCAACGGCGGUCGGCGAAUUAGCCUUAUGGUUGCAGCAUCCUCACGGUUAUUCUAUGGAGGAUUUACAUUAUUGAUACCUGCCUAUAUCUGGAUUUGUUAGAUAUUCUUCGCUGUACCUUUAGUCUUCCAGCUUCUGCAUUUUUAUUAUAAGAAAUGUCGUCUCGAGAUUAUGACAGAAGAAGAGGUGGCAGCGGCAGCGGUAGCAGCUCCAGCAGACUGCGGAUGGACACGAGUGUAUCACAACCCAGACCACACGGCGAGAGUUCUAGCAAGCGAAAAGAGAUAGACAAUGUGAUGCGGAAAGCGCGCGAGUCGCAGUCAAGCUACUGGAACAAGAAGCUGCUGGAGGCGGAAGAACGGGAUCCUAACAGAUGGCGUCACAGCGGAUACAAGGAGCUGUAUGUCGGCGACGGUGGCAGCGGUGAACCCAGCAGAGGAGGCCAUCCCAGGAGCCCGAGAAGCCCUCGACCUCGCAGUCCUCACAGUCCGCGACCGCGUAGUCCUCGAGCGAGGAGUCCGCGAUCGCCGCGCGAGCGUAACACCUCCCGCGAGCACAGCAAUAGGGGCAGACAACCGGCCGCUCGUAGCCCCAGCACGGGCAGCACGUGCUCCGAUAGAUCGUGUUCCGUUUGCUCGCCGAAAGAACGGCGACGCGUCGCGCCGCCGUCCCGCUCGCGUUCGCGAUCGAUCACGCCGGUACGGACCAGGACGCACCCUAAGGAAGUGGUCGCUUCCAGUUCGCGAGCCUCCCCGCGUGGCAGACCGCGAUCGCCGCCGCUUCCGCGUCCGCGAACGCCGCCUCCGGCGCCGCAACCGCCGCCGCGUCAUCAGAAAGAUUACAAGACUCUCAAAGAGAAAGAGGCCAAGAUUCGCCGCAAAGAGAAACACCACAGCAGAUUGCCGGAGGACCCGCGAGUACCAGAUCCCAUCCCAUUGAUGCGUAAGGCAGUUAAAGUGGAAAAAACACAUACGAGUCAUGGAGCACCACAAAUGAUGCGACCUCCACCGGAAUCCUCGCCUAGUGACGAUAGUGACAGUUCCUCCACUACAUCCCAUGUUGGGCCGCCGAGAAUGACAUUAUCUGAACGAUUUGGUAAAAUGGCACAGUGGAGCGUGGAUCGUAGGGAUAUGGAAAAUAUGCGUAUCACAAAAGAUGGCGAGAACGCGAUGAAGGUCGUUAUAGAAGGCGAAGAAAGAAUCGCACGUCUAGGAUACGAUUCGCCACCACCUGGACAUUAUCCCGAGUCGCUUCUAGCGCAAGGACCGAGAGGUUUCGAAGGCUGGGACGACGUCCGCGUCCGUUACGACUACUACAAAGCAAGAGGUUAUUUACGCGACCUCACCCUUGAUGAUUAUAUCAAGUGGGAAGAAUGGUGGUACAAGUAUCAGGAAUGGCUGGAGGCCGAACGCUUUUACGAGCAAUGGGCUUCGUCAUCGAAUCGUCCUGCUGGUGGUAGUCGCAAGAGACGCGGACGACGCAACAAUGCCGCUCAUUAAAAUAUAUAUGACAAGAAAUCUGUUGCGGAUUAUGCUGCGAAAUAUAUUAUAAUAACUGUAUACUUAGAAUAUACAGGAAACAUAUGUAUAAGUGCUCUAUAUAUAUAUAUCGAAAAUAAAAAAUAUACAUGUGAAAAAAGAAA